AUGAAAUCAUCUUACAGCUUUAAAUUAUUAAUUAUUUUUUGUUCACAUUACCUUACCACUUUACCAUUGGUUAAAUGUAAAAAUAUUACAAGGAUAGGGAUUGUUGGUGGAGGAAUCGGAGGAACAUCAUGUGCAUAUUUUUUAAAUUCUCUUUUUAAAAAAAAUACAAUAAAAAUUGAUCUCUAUGAAGCAGAAAAAAUUGGUGGGAGACUUUCAGUUGUCAAUUUUUCUGAUAAUCUAUAUGAAGAAGGUGGUAGCAUAAUUCACUCUAGAAAUAAUUAUAUGACUGGUUUUUUAAAGGAAUUUAACUUAAAUAAAAGAGAGCCAAGUCCAGGACAUUUUGCUUUAUAUGAUGGAAAAAAUUUUGUUUUUUCCGAAAAUGAAUGGACUUACAGAACAAUGAUAGAUGUUGUUUGGCGAUAUGGAUUGAAUUUUUUUAAACUAAAAAAUUACAUUGAGGAUAUGUUGGAUAAGUUUGACAAAAUAUAUCAUUUGCAAAGUUUGGGUAAAACUUAUGAUAAUGUCGGAUCUCUUAUGUCAGCAAUGCAUGAUGAUUUUAAAAAAUUUUUACAAUUAUCAACACGAAAUGGUUUUAAAAGUGCUGGAAUAUCGGAUAUUGUUAUAGAUGAAAUUAUAAUGGCAACAAUUCGAGUUAAUUAUGGACAAAAUUUAAAAAUUCACAAAAUGGUCGGCUCUGUAAGUGUAGCUGGAGUAUCUGGAAACAUGUGGUCCGUUGCAGGUGGAAAUUAUAAAAUUCCAGAGAAUCUUUUGAAAACAUCAGGUGCCAACCUUUUACAAGAAAUUGUCACUCAUAUAAAAAAACUACCUUCUGGAGAAAUUCAAAUCGAUACAUUAAAAAAAUCAAAUGACACUCAAGAAAAUGGCAAAAUAUAUGAUGUGGUUGUUUUAGCUGCUCCCCAAUAUCCAAAUACAAAAUAUAAAAUUAAUUUUGAUAAUUUUGAUAAUAAUAUAAAUUUUAACGGACAAUAUCAUAGAACCGUUUGUACAUUGAUUGAAGGAAAUUUAAGAGAAGAUUAUUUUCAAAAUAAAAAUUCAAUCGUUGAUGAAAUUCUCACAAUUAAAGAAGGACUUUUAUUUAAUUCAUUAGGUCGUAUAACUCCUGUCGAACCCAUUAAUGAAGAAAGUAAAAAAGUAUGGAAAAUUUUUACUCAAAAAAAAUUAAAAGAUAAAGAAAUAUCGGAUUUAUUUUCUAAUAUUAGUAAUAUAUACGUGAAAGAUUGGUUAGCAUAUCCUCAUUAUACGUCAAAAACUUCACCCGGAAACAGUACAUUUAUUUUAGAUUCUAAUCUUUAUUACAUAAAUGCAAUAGAAUGGGCAGCAAGUGCCAUGGAAAUGAGUGCUAUAGGUGCUAAAAAUGUUGCUCUUUUAAUAUACAAUAAAUUUAUUAAUAAUGAUAAUAAAUUAUCUCUCGAUUCGGAAUUUACUACCGAUGAUACUUCUUCAAAAUUUUUUACAGAAGAAUUAUAA